CGGCGGAAAUCUCCAAAAAUCUGCAAAAAUGUAUUCCCUGGUACCGCUUUGGGCUCCGCUGGGACCAACCGAAAUUCCGAGACCGAAACGGAUGCGCGCUGCGGCCCAGGGUGCGGGUCUGGACCGCCUCCUCUGCGGUGGACGAAUCCGAGGAGCAGAACUCCCCCCAACCCAGCCCCAGCCCCAGCCCCGCUGCGUCCCCAGCUGUCACGCUGCGCGCAGCGGGUGGGGCCUGGGGUUCCUGGACAGGGGAGGACCACGCGUGUCCUUGGGCGGAGAGGGGAGGUGACUCCGGCGGAAGAGGACAGGCAGAAUGCAGGCCCUGCGGGUGUCCCAGGUGCUGAUCCGCUCCUUUAGCUCCACCGCCCGGAACCGCUUGCAGAACCGAGUGCGCGAGAAACAGAAGCUCUUCCAGGAGGACAAUGACAUCCCGUUGUACCUGAAGGGCGGCAUCGUUGACAACAUCCUGUACCGAGUGACAAUGGCGCUGUGUCUGGGCGGCACUGUCUACAGCUUGUACUCCCUUGGCUGGGCCUCCUUCCCCAGGAAUUAAGACCAAGAAGCCUGAGGGGGCCUGAGGGACUUGGAAAGUGUCAAUAAACGCUGGCCUCUG